CUGCUGACACUGCCCCUUAACACAAGCAAACUCUGCCCACAGCCCACGCCAGCUCUGUACAGGCACUGAUACGGACUCUUUUCCAGGCAGCUCAGUUGACUACCGCACUGGCAAGCACAGCAGAAUUUUAUCUACUUGUACAGGCACAGAAGGAAUUUGCGUUAUUACCCAGGCGCAAACACUCAGUGCAAGACCUCCUCUUUUACACACCCAUACAACCCUGUGUGUGAAGUAACAGAAAACAGUAAAACUUCCUCUGCACUUUGUCACCGCGAUAUCCUGUGAGAAUGAUACCGCCUUGAAGAUCCAAAGUCCCUCAGAGAUCGCUAUAGAGAUGCGAAUCCUCAUAGAUUGAUCGCGGAGCAGGCGCUGGCACGGGCACCACGAUUCGGAGAAUGGGACGUCUUCCCUGUGUGAAGAAUGUGCGAUUUAGAACCCUACAGAAUACCCUGCUGGGUCUCUGCCUGCUCACUUUCCUGCUCAUGGUCGUCGUUCACAAGGACCGGAUCUUACAGAGGGUUGCCCAGAGCUUCCCUGCGACCAAGCCCAGUGAACUGACAAGGUUAACAGGAAUCUUGAAAGAUACCAACAGACAUCCAUCUGCGGUUAAUAAAAGCUUGGAAAUGGCAACUCAAGAAUCGCAGAUACCUACUAAAUCAAGCAACAUGACUACCAUGUUACCAGAUUUGAUAAAUAAGGGAAAUGGACGACUAACCAAAAGGAUAUCAUCCAAAGUAACCACUGAGUCUUCUAAAAUCACCCUGGAGUUAGCAAGCAUGACUGCAAAGCAUUCAGAAACUACCACUGAGCCGCCAAUUGUCACCACAAAGCCUUCCAGAAUUACCACCCAGUCUUCAACUGUCACCACAAAGCAUACCAUAACUACAAAGCCUCCAAAUGUCCCCAGAAAGCCUUCCAGAAUUACUCCACGCGAGACCAAAGAGAAUUCAGAAAUCAUCCACAGUCUCACAAAAGCCAGAGAAAUAUCUACUACUUUAUCUUACCUUGGGGAUGCCUAUGGAUGGGACAACACAUACUUGAACUCUAGCUGCCCAAAUCGUACUAGAGAUAAGCUCAAAAGUAAUGAAUUCAAUGAGACCUUUGUGAAUAACAUCCCAGUCUUGCAGUGGAAAAUUCAUGCAAUUCUUUCGGAGUACCAGCGACUAAAGAGAUACCUGGGGACAUACGGAUGGAAGGGACUAACCUGGCAAAUUCUUAAUGAGACUUUGAACUUGCUGAACUCGUCAGGCAACGGGUACCUCUUUGAUACCUGGAAGGGUCAUUCACCUUGUGUACGCUGCGCUGUUGUGGGUAAUGGAGGCAUCUUGAAUGGAUCCGGAAUGGGAGCUGAGAUUGAUGGGCAUGAUUAUGUAUUUAGGGUCAAUGGUGCCAUCACAAAAGGAUAUGAAAAUGAUGUUGGAAGAAGAACUUCAUUCUUCUUCUUUUCCACAAACACUCUGUUUAAUUCACUUGCUGCUUAUAGAAAGAAUGGGUUCCACAAUGUUCCACAUUCACAGGAAACUCGCUUUCUCCUUUUGCCAGACCAUGAGAGAGAUUAUCUUCUAGUCCGAGCAGCCCUUACUAACAGUGUCAUUGACAGAGGUAGAGACAAGGGCAAAAGGCCAUCAAAUUAUUUUGGUACCAAUCUCACCACGGAGCAUUUCAAAAUUCUUCACCCAGACUUCAUGCGAUAUCUACGGAACAGAUAUCUGUGGGAUCCAAUCUUAAAAACGAAACAUCGGAACAUUUACCGCCCAACUACUGGUGCCUCCAUGCUGCUCAUGGCUGUGCACACGUGUGACCAGGUCAGUGCCUAUGGAUUCAUCACCCCAAACUAUGGGAAGUUUUCAGAUCACUAUUAUGAUAUGUCCUUCAGAAAGAUUGUAUUCUACAUGAACCACAGUUUUCUAAGGGAGAUGCGACUGUGGCAAAAACUUCAUAAAGCUAGGGUAAUAAAACUCUACAUGAGAGACUGAGUUUGAAUGAAGAGGCAGUUACAAUACAUCAUCCAGAUCAAUGCCCUGUGUCUUUUCCUUGCAUUUUGGACAAUAGCUGCUCUCACUCUCACUGAUGCAACUGGCAGCAUUUACUACUGUCUAUUUCUACACCAGAUUCAAUAUGCUAAAGUACACAAUUUAAUUGUAGUUAAGUGUGUCAACAACAAACUAGCAAACAAACCACUCUCUGUUAUCCUGUCUAAUUCAAUGUAGAUGUCACUGACUUUGGCACUCUUUGAUUUGUUUAUUAAUGAAAGGAAAAUGUUUAAGCAGAGCACAAUAGAAGUUGUAUUUGUUUUGAAAUCAUCUGCCUUACCAAAUUAAGGUGGCCAUACACUAUUAGAUAUGCUCACUAACCGCUAGGCGAUAUCGGCUGAAUCCGAAUGUUCAGAUGCUGCGAAUGGGCACCAACGGGUCACAGGACUGUAUCAGCUAGCUGAUACAGUCCUGGAUCGCAAAAAAAAAAAUCAAACCUGCCCGAUUGAUAUAUGUUCUGAUAUUGAUCGGGAGGACCCGUUGGGAGCCCCCACACAUGGGCAGAUAAGCUGUCGAAUCGGUCUAAAGGACCGAUAUCGGCAGCUUUAAUCUGCCCGUGUAUGGCCACCUUUAUUUAAAGCACAGGCAGACUCUUUAAGUGGAUUAUUUGGAGUCACUACUGUUAAAAGCACUUUGCACAAUUGUACAGACUAGUUGUUUUAGUUACAGAAAUGUGGUGUUUCUGUUGUAUCACUUUGUAAUACCUCAGGGGUUUUACCAAAUGUUCAUAUAAGGAAAUGUAAUGUCCCACAUUCUGAGAGACGGAGAAGGACUGGAAGACUACAAUGUGAACCUUGUGUCAGUCAUUACACAACACUGUAAGAAAGGAUUGAGAUGGGGCAUAAAACCAUCACCUUUGCAUUCCCUGGUGUUACUACAGAGAAAAGAAAACUGAGUGUUGGAAUCUUAUAGAAACUUGUACCACAAAAAUGUGAUUUUGGUGAAUGAAUUGGUGACACUGACAUAACUAUAGAUGAAGCACAUACCUCCCAACUGUCCCUUUUUUGGAGGGACAGUCCCUC